CCAGCGAUUGUAGUUCGCAUCGACGCUUCGAAACGUUGUUCAAAGUUUUUGUAAGCGACGAGGCCGCAAUCGUAAAAUAUCUCGGUGGAAAAAUGACAUCCUUAAUGGCCAAGCCGAAGAGCGAAAUGACUCCAGAGGAGCUGGCUCAAAGAGAGCAAGAAGAAUUCAACACGGGUCCUCUAUCAGUUUUAACGCAAUCAGUGAAGAAUAACACUCAAGUUCUGAUCAACUGUCGAAACAACAAAAAGCUACUUGCUAGGGUGAAAGCGUUCGACCGGCAUUGUAACAUGGUUCUCGAGAACGUCAAAGAAAUGUGGACUGAAACACCAAAGUCUGGAAAAGGGAAAAAGGCUAAGCCAGUUAAUAAGGACAGAUACAUCGCCAAGAUGUUCCUCAGGGGAGAUUCUGUGAUUUUGGUUUUAAGAAAUCCAAUGGCAACCGCGGGAAAGUAGACUUCUACAAGCAUUGUAAUAUCCUCGAGCAUAAAAUCGUACUUUGAUGUCAUUUUGAGUGUUUGUGGCUUUUAAGUUGGAGCAGCGUUACAAACACUACUGCUACAGUAUCAUCUACUAGGAUGUUUUUUCAUAAGUAUUUUAUACAUAUACAGUGUAAGUAUGUCAGGAUAUUAAAAAAUUCACAAGACAGCCUAAAGUGUAUUACCAGCUCAUCAUCUCUU